AUGACGGAAGUUUUCUUCAGAUUUCAAGCAGAGUAUAGUAAUAAAACUUAUUUAAUAUUUUUUCCAGUUCUACCAAAUGUGCAAGCAUUAAACCAACUGCUAGGUGCACCUCUUGGAACUAAUGUAACACUUGAAUGCUAUGUUGAGGCUCAUCCCAAUCCAGUAAACUAUUGGUGUAAAAAUCCUAAUAUCAUGCUGCUUGACGGGUUGAAAUAUGUUAUUGAGGAAAAGCGUGAGGGAUACAAAGUAUCUAUGCGUCUUACGAUAAAAGGAUUUAAUGAGAACGAUGUGGGUAGCUAUAGUUGCAUAUCAAGUAACAGUUUAGGAAAAGUCGAAGGCGUAUCAAGAUUAUACAAAAUCACAGACGUUAAUCGCCAUGGUUUGGUUCGCGAAUCGCACCGAAUAUCCAUGUUAGCAGGUUUAUCAGAUGCAGCAAGAGGAUCUGGAUCAAAAAACAUGAAUAAUAUAGAUUGUAUAUCAAAGUUUCUACAAAAUUUUAAUUUUUUUAAUAUAUUUAUCAUGUCACUUGUAACUUUCAUUUUGAAACGGUGAAAAUUUAUUGUAAUAACAUAUUUAUCAUAGAUAAGAUUUAUAAUAAUAAAAAUAUACUUUCAUAUUUGUAA